UUGCUGAUUGACAGCACCUGUGUGAAGUAGUGCUUGAAGUGUGUAUAAAAGCAGCAGACUGUGUUUUGCUCCAGUAUAGACAUAUUUUUCUGUUGUUAUACCAGCUAGACAGAAAACUCACAAUUUACUAUUGUGCACCAGUUUUGAGAAUGGCCAAGAAGGUGCUGAUUGUGUAUGCCCAUGAGAGCCCUGCCUCUUUCAAUGCUGCUGCCAAAGAUGCUGCUGUGGCAGCUCUGACUGCUCAAGGCUGCACUGUAGAGGUGUCUGACCUGUACGCCAUGAAGUUCAAAGCUGCUGCUACUACUGAGGACAUCACUGGUGGAGUGAAGAAUGCUGAGAACUUCUGCUACGCAAAGGAGAUCAAACUGGCAUCAGAGGAGGGCAGACUUGCAGAUGACAUCAAAAAAGAGCAGGAGAAGCUCAAGGAGGCAGACCUUGUCAUCUUUCAGUUCCCCAUGUACUGGUCAUCUGUUCCUGCAAUCAUGAAGGGGUGGAUGGAUAGGGUGUUGGGCUUUGCCUACGCACAGGAGAAGCGGUACAGUGAGGGGCUCUUCAAGGGCAAGAAAGCCAUGCUGUCCUUCACCACUGACUGUCCUGAAUCUGUGUACAGUGACACUGGCAUCAAUGGUGACAUCAAUGUCACACUGUGGCCGCUGCAGAACGGGAUCCUGAACUACUGCGGCUUCCAGGUUUUUGACCCUCAGAUCUUCUGGGAUCCUGCUACUGGUUCUCCUGAAUCUCGCAGGUCCAUGCUGGAGGGCUGGCGCACACGACUGCAAACCCUCGGUGGGGAAGUACCUGUGUACUUUGCUCCCUUGGACUACUUUGACAAGGAGAAGGGUUUCCUGCUGAAGCCUGAGGUCAAAGAGAAAUAUGCCACAGCGGGAAGGCUAUGUUCUACAUGCUAAUGCAAAUCCCUAUUCUGAUAAGAACGUGUGUUUGGGGGGGGGGGGGGCGACCGUACACAAAGGUUGAAAGCAAGCCCAAAAAGACUUACAACAGACUGCUACUGCAGAUCAGGUGACUGCAAGCCUCAUUGCUCCUCACUGCCUAUGCUACAGGCUUUGGCUCGGUUUGGCAUGAACGCAGCUUUAAGAUCUCGCUUUUAGCAGUAUGUGUUCUUUCCGUCCUAGUGGAGUUUACUCUUUACCAUUGCCUUUUUGUGAGGUAAAAAUGUGUAUCGCCACUGUGGGCUCAUCCACGAUUUUCCUCCUCCUACACAUGAACUUAAAUCAGCUGACUGUGGUGCGAGUGCACAGGAAGAGUAAAGCAUGUGUAAUAUUUAAAGAUUUUGUUUUUCCUUUUCCAAUAUUUGUUCUGAAGGCUUUUCAGCAUUUCUAUUCACCUGGCAUGCAAAUAACUGAAAAACCUUUAGGAUCUAAUGACACUACUGUUUAUUUAAUUUAGUAUAACAGUGUUACUACUUCUUCAUCACUGCACAAACUAAGAUCAUUACAGGAACAUGUUGCAUUGUCAAGCGUUACACCUAAUGCUGAACAUCUGUAAGUCAUAUAUUACUGAGCACUGGUUAAAUAAAAACAUUUGCAACACAAUAGAAAA